AGGCUAAAGACAAGGCAUCAGGUGAAUGACGCGGAGGAGAAGAGAGCGCUUUAACCCUUGACCAUCUGGAACAAUCGCAGUAGAAUUAGAACGACGGCUGGAGGGCGUAUUCCUGACGGCGUCGACGAUCUAUAACAUAUGCGUUGACGCUGGUACCCGCGCCGCCUCUUCCUCAGUGCACUGACUGAACAACGCGACAAUAGCCUAAACGGUGUGUGCUUUCGGCUCCAUCGUCUCUGUUGGUUAUCUAUUCAUCCACGGCUCUGAAUCUGGCAGACCUGCACAGGACAUGGUGUUUUGUGUGGAAUUAGGCCUAUCAAUGUCAUCUGUUUGAGAGGCGGGAGAGAGAGAGAGCGGGAGAGAGAGCGAGAGACGGCGCAAAGGAAUCCUUGGCAUACACACACGUCGGUGUCUCAAUGUGAUUUUGAGUGACUGGCUGCAUUCUUGUGGAGACGAGCGGAACGGAUAAACCCAUUUUCGCCGUCUCACCCAUUUGCGCGGAUAGCGGCUGGUGCAUGCCCGUCUGGGUUGAGCAUCUGACCGCGUCUCUUUCUGCUGGAGCUUGGCUGAUCCGAGCUGUCCUGGGUCGGGCGUGGAGGGAGCCGAGAUGAGCGCCUUUCGGAGGAGUAGCGGGGUGUCUCUAUUGGGGUUGUGUUGGGUAUUAAUGGGACUGUGGAGGCUCGGGGCCGCCUGCCCCGCGUCCUGCUUCUGCAGCGGGACCAGGAUCGCCUGUGUGGAACAGGAGCGGGGCAUCAUGGCUUUCCCAGUGCUGCAGUCUGAGCUGGAGAUGGACAACAUCACCGACAUGUGAGUCACUGUCAAUGAUCCAUCAUCAACGGACCCACCAAAUAUGACAGACAUAGCCUGCCUGCCUUAUUGACACACAAUAAUGAGGUGAAAAAAGGCUAUGCGUUUUAGGCUAUCAAAAUGAGUAGAAUUGAAUGUUCAAUCGAAUGGUCAAUUCUCAGUCAGCAAUUAGGCUAUUUGAAUUGGCUAAUAAAACCUAUUGUAUAGUUUUUCAGGAGUGAUCUUUGGAAAAUAAAUAAACAAAAAUACAUAAUUAUGGACUGUGUGUGUGUGUGUGUGUACAAUCGGAACCGAUUGACACUCCACAGUGGCCCCGGGAAGUCACAACGGAGUGUGGAGAGGUGUUGUCCUCCUCCAGCAGAAACCCAGACAGUAGCCUAAUCCAAAUAUUAGCAAAAGACUACUACCCCCCCAGACGCUUGGCUCCGAUAAUGGGCCCAAAAGCCUAGAAAGCCUAGAAUGUUCUAUUCUGAGAAAUGUAUAUAGCCUAGGCCAUUUUGCUUCUAUUGUGAACUAAAACUAAUAGGCCUAGACUAAAUUAAUCUCCACCCACGUUUCAGAGCUGUUCAGAUUUAGCAUAGCCUAAUUGAAGACAAUCGGAGAAUCAUCUGGGUUAUUUUAGGGCUACAGCAUUUAGAAUGCAUGAUGUUAGGAGGACAUGAUGGGAGCUUCUCUUUCUCAAGACCAUAGCCGACCCUUUGAUAUACAUAGCCUACUGUAAACGUUAUAGGAUUAUAAAGAUACAAUACAAUAAAAGUAGCCUAACAAUGUUUAUUUUGUUUACAUAAUAGUCGACUGUUAAAAAUGACAACAAUUAGAGGACUUGAGUAUGGGUCUAUAGGAAGGAUCCUGUGUAUUUCCAAACGAACUUGACAUAAAUCUUUAAACAAAAACUCCCGUCAGUGUAGGCCUACUACUUACUAUUCUCUAACCUUUUUUCCCAAUUUAAUUUUAACAGAUAUAUUGCAAAUCAGAGUAGCUUCUCAUCCAUCAAUGACAAAGACCUGCAUUAUUACCGGAACCUCACGAAUCUGUAAGUCUGUUAUGUUAUGUGAUAUCUUAUAUUUGUGGUCAUGAUGGAGCCCAGAUUGGAUUGGUGUCAGCAUCCUAGUGCAAUAUGAUGAUGUUAUAGUGUAUAUUUGCAUUGCAGAACUGUGACUAACAGCAGGCUUACCUAUGUGUCUCGACUGGCCUUCCAGAACAACCUCAAACUUCAGUAUCUGUGAGUGGCUUUUAUAAGGCAAAAUUCAUCUCAAUGUGAAGGUCAAACUACAGUUCUUACAAAAAUAAUUAUAUCUUGUAAGACAGACAGGAACAGUUGCUGGAAUGGUUGUACAGUUUAGCAUUUCUUUUGGAUAUGCUGUAUAUGUCUUUCAACUAAUUAUCGAUAAUAAUGUUCAUUCUGAUUGACAGGAAUCUGAAAGACAACAACUUGUCAUCUCUGUAUUGGAGGAUAUUUCGACAUUUAAACAUAUCAAAUCUGUGAGUUGCUUUUCAAAUCAACUUUAUUCACUCUGUCUGUCUGUCUGUCUGUCUGUCUGUCUGUCUGUCUGUCUGUCUGUCUGUCUGUCUGUCUGUCUGUCUGUCUGUCUGUCUGUCUGUCUGUCUGUCUGUCUGUCUGUCUGUCUGUCUGUCUGUCUGUCUGUCUGUCUCUCUCUCUCUCUCUCUCUCUUAUCUCUCUAUCUUCCUCUAUCUCUCUAUCUUCCUCUCUCUCUCUCUCUCUCUCUCUCUCUCUCUCUCUCUCUCUCUCUCUCUCUCUCUCUCUCUCUCUCUCUCUCUCUCUCUCUCUCUCUUUAUUUCAGUGUUUUAUGCACCCCUGACUGACAAUGUGUCAUCAUAGAUUUAAAAAAAACAUUAGUGCAUGUGUGCGCAUCUGUAUGUGCGCAUACCUGCAUACAUGUGUGUGUUUGUGUCAGUGUGUGAUUCAAUAUUCAACACUUUGUUUCUCUGUGUGUGUAGGAUUCUUUCAGGGAACCCGCUGCACUGUUCCUGUGAGAACAUGUGGAUGAAGCUGUGGCUGGGAGAGGAGGCUGAUGCUCAGGGGCUCAAAUGUAUAGAGGAGGGUGGUGGGAGGAAACCUCUGACCAAGCUCAACCCCCCUCACUGUGGUAAUGGCCCCAAAAUACACACACACAUGCACGCUCAUACACACACGCACAUCUCCCAAUGAUCCUCAAAACACACACCAUGGAUCUUAUUUUUUUCCCUAAACCACUCCAUUAGGCUGCUAUUUUCGCCAUCGCCAUGGUUACGUGCGGGCCCCUGGAGAGACGGCAGGGGGACCCCUGUGUGAGUGACAUAUGAAGACCACUCACGGGAGAGGCGUGUGUACGAUGCCCCAGGCCUGCCAGGCAGCAAUGAGAACCUUGCAAACCCCCUUUUUCUCUGUCAUUCUCUCUCUCUCUCUCUCUGAACUUCUCUUUUUCAGGGUAUCUCUUUGUCUUUCUUUCUCUGUUCAUAUCUCCCUCUCUCUCUCUGUCAUCCUGUACUAUAUGAAAUCCACAGCUCAGUGCUGUAGUUUUCAUGUGUUGGAAACAGAAGUUAUCUGAGACUAAGCUAUGACCUUCACUGCUGCCGACCAAUAUUUAUAUUGGAGAUGUUGAUGCUGUAGGUUUUAGUGUCUAAAACUGAUUACAACCAGUAAACAACCAUUGCAACCAGAUUAGCCCACGGGCUGUGCUGUUAAUGAUGGACACAUUGUAAAGGCAUACUGUGCUUUACUAGUGUACUGUAGCUUUGUUGAGUGGGUAGGGUUAACACUGCAGCUGGCAGUGCUUGUAAGAGAGUAACUGAGACUGCUCAAGCUGUAAUGGUUGAUUUACUAAAGGUGUUUAAGAUGGUAUGGUCUGAGUGCUGAAAUUAAUAGUUUUCUGGGUUCUAGAAUCAUUGAGAGCGUUGCCAUGCUGAUAAGAGUCUUGGCGAUGUCUAUUAGUGGAGAUAAGAGAUCUGUCCAUUUUAUCAGCCAGGACUGUCGACACUGGCCCUUCCUCGCCAGACGCUCCCAUGCCCUUGGCUGCGGCUAAGAGGCAGCCAAGCUUCUGAAUGGACACAUGUGGGUCACCUUCAGGUCACAGUCCCAUCCCCUCCACCUUUGGUUGUGUUGUUGUCUCCUCUUAGAGAGGCUCCAAAUUGUGUCUAAUAAAUUUUAUCUGAGUUGCGAGACACAUGGAGUUGUAAUCUGUGUGUGACCACCGCUGUGUGUGUGCUGUGAUUUUUAACUAAGAUUGCAUUGAAUCUCCCCUUCGUUGUCGUUGGCAGUGGUUCCCAUGGCAACUCUGAGCCCAUCCAAGGUGAUGGUGCAGGAGGGUGCUGAUGUGGUGUUGACAUGCAACACCUCCGGAGCGCCCUCUCCUGAGCUCAUCUGGAACAUGACCCCACUCGUCUCCUACAAUGAGGUCAGUCACCACCGUCGCCCACCACCAAAAAGCCCAUGGCUGCAUCUCAAAUGGCACCCUAUUCAUUGUAUAUUGGGAAUAGAAUGCCGUUUUAGAUGCACCCAUGAGUAGGGCCAGGAGUUUUACUGACCACGUGACCUGAUCCGGAAAAACUCUGUGCCCAUGUUACUAGGGCCUCUAACUUGGGCCCAGAGUUGGUUCUGCUCAUGUAAGACUCCUGGACCUACCCAUCAGCAACAACACUAAUCCACCAGUUAAAGGCACAUUCCUUCUGUUAAAGGGCGACUGCACUUCCUGAUUUGGCCUCGUUUUAGAUUUGGUUCAUUAAGAAAUGCUAUGACUGAUUUCAAACGUGAGUUGGUUUCGGGGUGUGGUUUGAUGUGGUGGGAAGAGUUAGCCAAAUUAUUGGUGUGCGACCGUGGCAAAGUUGGUUUGACUUUGGAUAGAUCUGGGGAUAGUUAGGGACCGUCCAUAAAUUACACAAUGUAAAUGGGACAACAUUUUCAUGUUGCACAUCUUUUAGUUUCCUCAUUAAAUGAUUUCAAUAUUUGUAUAUGAAGUUCUACAAUUUGUAGUUGGUUUGAAGUUUUUAAGUGAUUAAAAUUGGGAGCUAUUGACCAUUUAAAAAUAUUAUCCCAUGUACAUUGUGUUAUUUACUGAUGGUCCCUAACUAGCCCCAUAGGGAUAUCGAAUGUCAAACCAAAUUGACCAUGGGCAUUAUGAUCAGGUCGUGUGCAGCUGUGCUCCUAAUUGAUGAUUACUUCAUAGGUGCUGCCAGCUGUGGGCAUGUGGGCAGGAUUAAAAUAAACCCAUCCCAAGGAAACUGUUAUGGUACCCUUCAUUCCUUGACACCAUUUUUUCCGAUCAUCUCGCAAAUCUAAAUUUUGGACGAGACUGACUUUAUGACCAAAAUUAUACUAUUUACACUUUGUAGUCAAUUUUGAAAAUAGAAUACAUUUUUCUAACUCAUAUCGAUGCCACAUGGACCAUUUUCAAAACGAGAAGUUGCUUUUUAGGGGCAGUCGCUCUUUAAGACAGAGGACCUGGCAGCCUGUUUAGUCAGAGGUGCAGAUGUAAAAAUAAGUAGGAUAUACAAAUGCAGAAAGAUUAAGAUAAAAAAUAAUAAUAAUAAUGAACUUGAAAAACAUACUUACUUGGCCAAUAGCAGAAUUACCUCAGCUCGAGGAGGACUAAGGCAAAACGCCUAUAAACUCACACGUCUGAGUAUAUGGUAGAGCUAUAGCAUCAGCAUGUUGCCUAGACAAGCAGCUCUCCCUGAAUGAGGUGAACAGGGAUCCUAAAAGGACCUACCCUUACCUGGAAUAAACCAUUCACACCUUUAAACAGGUACAUUCUUAAUGAACAGUGAUAAUAUACACUUUAACGGCAAUACUGUUUCACACUAUAUAUAUAUACAGUGGGGGAAAAAAGUAUUUAGUCAGCCACCAAUUGUGCAAGUUCUCCCACUUAAAAAGAUGAGAGAGGCCUGUAAUUUUCAUCAUAGGUACACGUCAACUACGACAGACAAAUUGAGGAAAAAAAAUCCAGAAAAUCACAUUGUAGGAUUUUUUAUGAAUUUAUUUGCAAAUUAAGGUGGAAAAUAAAUAUUUGGUCACCUACAAACAAGCAAGAUUUCUGGCUCUCACAGACCUGUAACUUCUUCUUUAAGAGGCUCCUCUGUCCUCCACUCGUUACCUGUAAUAAUGGCACCUGUUUGAACUUGUUAUCAGUAUAAAAGACACCUGUCCACAACCUCAAACAGUCACACUCCAAACUCCACUAUGGCCAAGACCAAAGAGCUGUCAAAGGACACCAGAAACAAAAUUGUAGACCUGCACCAGGCUGGGAAGACAGAAUCUGCAAUAGGUAAGCAGCUUCGUUUGAAGAAAUCAACUGUGGGAGCAAUUAUUAGGAAAUGGAAGUCAUACAAGACCACUGAUAAUCUCCCUCGAUCUGGGGCUCCACGCAAGAUCUCACCCCGUGGGGUCAAAAUGAUCACAAGAACGGUGAGCAAAAAUCCCAGAACCACACGGGGGGACCUAGUGAAUGACCUGCAGAGAGCUGGGACCAAAGUAACAAAGCCUACCAUCAGUAACACACUACGCCGCCAGGGACUCAAAUCCUGCAGUGCCAGACGUGUCCCCCUGCUUAAGCCAGUACAUGUCCAGGCCCGUCUGAAGUUUGCUAGAGUGCAUUUGGAUGAUCCAGAAGAGGAUUGGGAAAAUGUUAUAUGGUCAGAUGAAACCAAAAUAUAACUUUUUGGUAAAAACUCAACUCGUCGUGUUUGGAGGACAAAGAAUGCUGAGUUGCAUCCAAUGAACACCAUACCUACUGUGAAGCAUGGGGGUGGAAGCAUCAUGCUUUGGGGCUGUUUUUCUGCAAAGGGACCAGGACGACUGAUCCGUGUAAAGGAAAGAAUGAAUGGGGCCAUGUAUCGUGAGAUUUUGAGUGAAAACCUCCUUCCAUCAGCAAGGGCAUUGAAGAUGAAACGUGGCUGGGUCUUUCAGCAUGACAAUGAUCCCAAACACAUCGCCCGGGCAACGAAGGAGUGGCUUCGUAAGAAGCAUUUCAAGGUCAUGGAGUGGCCUAGCCAGUCUCCAGAUCUCAACCCCAUAGAAAAUCUUUGGAGGGAGUUGAAAGUCUGUGUUGCCCAGCGACAGCCCCAAAACAUCACUGCUCUAGAGGAGAUCUGCAUGGAGGAAUGGGCCAAAAUACCAGCAACAGUGUGUGAAAACCUUGUGAAGACUUACAGAAAACGUUUGACCUGUGUCAUUGCCAACAAAGGGUAUAUAACAAAGUAUUGAGAAACUUUUGUUAUUGACCAAAUACUUAUUUUCCACCAUAAUUUGCAAAUAAAUUCAUUAAAAAUCCUACAAUGUGAUUUUCUGGAUUUUUUUUUCUCAUUUUGUCUGUCAUAGUUGACGUUGUACCUAUGAUGAAAAUUACAGGCCUCUCUCAUCUUUUUAAGUGGGAGAACUUGCACAAUUGGUGGCUGACUAAAUACUUUUUUUCCCCACUGUAUAUAUUUUACAAUGGCCAUGGCCAGCUGUAUAUAAUGCAGAUAUUUUAACACUGAGGCUUUUAACACCAAUUAUUCACCAGCUUUGGCCUAUAAUGCUACUUGCUAAUCUAGGCGUAGCUCCAUUUGUUUAGCAUAGGCGCUCAAACAGAAGAACCAGCACAAUGCCAAAAAUGAACAAGACACUAGGGAAGGAUAUCUGGAUAGAAAUGGUUAACAAUAAUCUUACAAUAGCACUAAAAAACAGCAAUAGGUCUUGUGUUUGCAAAAUAGUAGCAAAAUAGUAGUGGAUGUGUAAAAGCAUUGGUAAUGUGGAUGAGGUGGGUGCUUGACUCACUGUGUCUCUGUGUGGUCCUCUGCAGAUUGAGGCCUCAGGGCAGGUGUCUGAGCUCCAUCUCUAUAACCUCUCCUCACUGGACAACAACUGUAAGAUCACCUGCAGCGCUGAGAACAUUGUGGGCGAGAAUGAGUCCUCAGUCUUCCUCGACAUCCUCUGUGAGUUCCAAACAUUACUCUCUAGACAAGGAGGGGAUAGGAUGAGAAUAAUACCGUUGUCUUAACUAGUUCCCUCUUCUAAUGUUUUUUUUCCGGACUUUGGCUUCUCCCUCAAUCUUUGUCACUCACUCACCCGUUCACUCCCUCCCUCCCUCUCUCUCUCUCUCUCUCUCUCUCUCUCUCUCUCUCUCUCUCUCUCUCUCUCUCUCUCUCUCUCUCUCCUCUCUCUCUCUCUCUCUCUCUCUCUCUCUCUCUCUCUCUCUCUCUCUCUCUCUCUCUCCCAGUUCCCCCUAACAUCAGUAAGUUGAGUGAUGCCUACUCGGACCACCACUGGUGCAUCCCAUUCAGUUUGUCUGGGAACCCAAAGCCCGAGCUCCGCUGGCUGUUAAACGGGGAGCCGGUAAAUGAGGGACCCUACAUCAUGACUAUGAUCCAUGACUUCUCUGAGAGGGAGUACCACGGCUGCCUGCAGCUGGACAGCCCCACACACAUCAACAACGGACCGUACACCCUGCUGGCCAGCAACAAGUACGGACAAGACCGCAAGACCGUCGAGGCUCACUUCAUGCUUGACCCCUUUGAUGGAGGUAUGUGGUGUGUAGUGUGACCACUCUCUGAAUACCAAUUCAACCCCUAUCCCACUUGUGUCAAUAUGAGAGGAUUGGAUAGUCUGCAAUAUGGCAACAAUUCCACCUGGCCUAUCAAAGGGCAAGAUGGAGCUAUUACCAUAUUGCUAACACUUAUCUGUCCAAUCCUCUCAGAUCUACUCAAGUGCUUAGGGGGUAGGGGCUAGGGAUCGAAUUGCACUUAGGACAGGGGUGUCAAACUCAAAUCCUAGAGGGCUGUGUGUCUGCUCAUUUCUGUUAAUUAUUUUCAAUUGGUGUCCAAUUAGACCUAGACAACCAGGUGAUGGGAGUUCCUAACUAAUCUAUGACCUUUAUUUCUCAAUCAAGUACUUUUUGUAUUUUACUCAACAGGAACAGUGACAGAACCACUUUACUAUGGUGAGUGGCUCUUCAAAUAUUUACAUGCAACAUUGACUGUCUGAAUCACUCAUUGAACUGUUGAGAAUUAUACAGUGUUCUUUACUUUUAUGAAUACCAGAUGUCCUGACACUAAAGAUGAUUGACUUGAGAAAUACUUUGAAGACUGAUUUCUGAGGUUUGCUUUUUGUGUUAUUGAGUGUUAAUAGUUUAUUUUCUCUUCCCUCUCCUCAUGUCACACUGGACCUGGGCACCACAGACCCAACUACAGGUGUAGUGACUGUCCCUUCACAUUACCCAAUCACACAUCAGAGCUUAAAAAGCACAUAGGCCUAUGUCACUCUGACACACUCAUAGAGUGAACACUUUACUUGAAAGGUACCUAUAUAAGGACUUCAUAACACAUUCAUUACCCAACCCAUAUAUACUGCAUUCAUAAGCAGCAAAUGCUUAUGUCAACAACCGCAAGACAUAAUACAAAUAUUGUUAUGAAGUGCUUAUGUAGGUACCCCUCAAGUAACGUGUUACCCACAGGGACACACAUUUGAUCAACUUCAUUAUAAAUGAGGGAUACUGUAGCAUCUGCUGUCUUCUCUGCUCUUUGAAAGCAGAGGACACACCUCUAGAGCCACCGGAAGACAGAGUUGCUGUAAGUCACACUCUUAAGUCACCUCUUUAUGUGUAUGUUUUGUGUUUGUGGGAGCCUGUAAAUGUUGUGGGAGCAGUGCUUAUAACAUUUUGUUUAUGUUUUUAUACAGUAUGUUUUACCACUACUUAUAUUAGUCGUACUACUAUAUAGUAUGUUUAUAGUUGAAAGUGUGUUUGUUUUAUAUUUAAUGUUUUUAUAUGGUAGGUGUCAUGUAUCUUGGUGGUAGUAAGCUACACACUGUGACACAUUGUAUUUUCGAGUGGUAGUGGUGGUCCUAGCUCAACACCUAUGUCAUUCUUUCAGGUAUAUGUGGUCGUAGGGAUUGUAGCAGUAGCCUUCGUGGGUUUUCUAUUGAUGCUGGUCAUCCUGAAAUUCGGGGGUAACUCAAAGUUUGGAAUCAAAGGUAAGUCCCUUUACACAGUACGCUACUGUAGUCAAUCAUUAGCAUAGAAAGACAGGGGCUUUCUCUCAAAUCUGAAAUGGCACCCUAUUUCCUAAAUAGUGCACUUAUUUUGGCACUGGCACAGUAUAAGAAGUAGGGUACCAUUUGGGAUAAAACCAUAGAGUGGGGUCUGAAUGGUGGUAAAGAGGUACUCAGUCGUUUCUAGUGAAUAACAUGCAUGUGGAUCUCCGUCUCAAUGUCUCAUUAUACCUUGUUCCACACUAAUAACCCCACAACCCUGUAUUGUGCGUCGCCCAUGCAGGUAACGCUGCACUGUAGCCCAUCACUGUCUUUACUGAUGCUGCUGUUGUUUAACGCAGAGGUACUUAAGAGGAUUUAGAUACUAACCGAUAUUAGGAAUAACAAUAGAGGUGUAAACUGACUCACUCAAAUCGCUUAUGUUGUAUUGUUUGUACUAAUAAUUCACCAUACUGGGAAAUGAUAUGAGGAUCAAAGUGUGACUAUGCCUUCUAAAAUACCUUUUGAACGCUAUCCUGAAAUCCUCUAUCUGCAAUGGAUUGAAUUCCGACCUGAGUGUGUAUGAGUGUGUGUAUUUUGGAUCAGAUUGUGUGUGUAGGAAUUUGGGAGGGCUGCCUCAGUGUGGUCAGUUAUUUUGGUACUGAUUGAUUUAUUGCCCCUCUGAGGGGGACGGUUGUGACAGAAAGAGGGAGAGGGGGAGAAGUGGUUUCUCCUUUCCUCUGCGGAAGUGGAGGAUGAGGUUCCACUGGAGGCGUCAAUUCCUCUCCUUCCUCUGUACGUGUAUGUGUGUGCUUUUCUGUGCGCAGGCGCGCACAUGUGUGUAUCUGAGUAGGAAGUUAGCUUGAGUUUCCGCAUUGUCUGCAGGAACGUUCAUAACGAGUUUCUGUCUAUUCACUACAUUUUAUAUUAUUUCCUUUCUGAUGGAGGAAGUGACACUCCUGUCACUCAAAAUCAUGAUCCACACUAAAAGCAAAAGUCUAUGUGAGACUUGAAAUGCUCAAGACACUCACUUUUACUUUUAAGACACACAUACCGCAUCCUUAUAAAGACACAUUGGAGCCAAGUAAAGACUGAGUAGCCUAUGACUGAUCUCGUACUGUGUAUGGCUACAGAAGUGCUGCCUACACAAGGGGCUUGCUCGCUUCGAGGCAAUCAACACUGAAGCAUACAUGAGAGCACCAGCUAUUCCGGAUGACUAUGUGAUCACGCUCUCCGUAGCCGAUGUGAGUAAGACUUUUAAGCAGGUCAACAUUCACAAGGCCGCAGGGCCAGACGGAUUACCAGGACGUGUACUCCGAGCAUGUGCUGACCAACUGGUAAGUGUCUUCACUGACAUUUUCAACAUGUCCCUGACUGAGUCUGUAAUACCAACAUGUUUCAAGCAGACCACCAAGGACACUAAGAUAACCUGCCUAAAUGACUACCGACCCGUAGCACUGACGUCUGUAGCCAUGAAGUGCUUUGAAAGGCUGGUUAUGGCUCACAUCAACACCAUUAUCCCAGAAACCCUAGACCCACUCCAAUUUGCAUACCGCCCCAACAGAUCCACAGAUGAUGUAAUCUCUAUUGCACUCCACACUGCCCUUUCCCACCUGGACAAGAGGAACACCUACGUGAGAAUGCUAUUCAGACAACUAGACAACUAGACACACUUUCUCUGGAUGCCUCGGUGCACAACCCACACACACAUACUACCGCCAGUGUUCAACACCAUAGUGCCCUCAAAGCUCAUCACUAAGCUAAGGAUCCUGGGACUAAACACCUCCCUCUGCAACUGGAUCCUGGACUUCCUGACGGGCCGUCCCCAGGUGGUAAGGGUAGGUAACAACACAUCUGCCACGCUGAUCCUCAACACGGGGGCCCCUCAGGAGUGCGUGCUCAGUCCCCUCCUGUACUCCCUGUUCACCCAUUACUGCAUGGCCAGGCACGACUCCAACACAAUCAUUAAGUUUGCCGACGACACAACAGUGGUAGGCCUGAUCACCGACAACGAUGACAUAGCCUAUAGGGAGGAGGUCAGAGACCUGGCCGUGUGGUGCCAGGAUAACAACCUCUCCCUCAACGUGACCAAGACAAAGGAGAUGAUUGUGGACUACAGGGAAAAAAAGAGGGCUGAGCACGCCCCAUUCUCAUCGACAGGGCUGUAGUGGAACAGGUUGAGAGCUUCAAGUUCCUUGGUGUCCACAUCACCAACGAACUAUCAUGGUCCAAACACACCAAGACAGUUGUGAAGAGCACACGACAAAGCCUAUUCCCCCUCAGGAGACUGAAAACAUUUGGCAUGGGUCCUCAGAUCCUCAAAAAGUUCUACAGCUGCACCAUCGAGAGCAUCCUGACUGGUUGCAUCACCGCCUGGUAUGGCAACUGCUCGGCCUCCGACCGCAAGGCACUACAGAGGGUAGUGCGUACGGCCCAGUACAUCACUGGGGCCAAGCUUCCUGCCAUCCAGGACCUCUAUACCAGGCAGUGUCAGAGGAAGGCCCUCAAAAUUGUCAAAGACUCCAGCCACCCUAGUCAUAGACUGUUCUCUCUGCUACCGCACGGCAAGCGGUACCAGAGCGCCAAGUCUAGGUCCAAAAGGCUUCUCAACAGUUUCUACCCCCAGGCCAUAAGACUCCUGAACAGCUAAUCAUGGCUACCCGGACUAUUUGCACUGCCCCCCCAUCCCCCACCCCAUCUUUUUACGCUGCUGCUACUCUGUUAAUGAUUUAUGCAUAGUCACUUUAACUCUACCCACAUGUACAUAUUACCUCAACUACCUCAACUACCUCAACUAGCCGGUGCCCCCCGCACAUUGACACUGCACCGGUAACCCCCGUAUAUAGCCUCCCUACUGUUAUUUUAUUUUACUUCUGCUCUUUUUUUCUCAACACUUUUUUGUUGUUGUUGUUUUAUUUUACUUUUUUAUAAAAAAAUAAAUGCAUUGUUGGUUAAGGGCUGUAAGUAAGCAUUUCACGGUAAUGUCUACACCUGUUGUAUUCGGCGCAUGUGGCAAAUAAAAUUUGAUUUGAUUUGUAUUUGUUCUCACCGCAGUCCUUGUAGGUAAUGUAGCCUGCUCAUAGGCUGGUGUACAGAAGUGUAAAUAAAAAUACUCUCCCAAUCUACUAACAUUUAGCUAAUACACACACACACACAUACACAGAUAGAUAGGGCAGUAUGGGCGAUACAAAAGGUGUGAAGAGACCGUAGUGAGCCCUGUUCUGUUUGUGCUCACUCAACUGUUCAGGAGCAUGUGAGACAACUAGACACACUUUCUCUGGAUGCCUCGGUGCACAACCCACACACACACACAAACACACACAUACAGUAAAAGAGUGGAAUACAUAAUAAAAUAAUACAUUUUAAAAAAUUAAUAUCAGCCUGCUACUGCUCUACUGUCAUCAAUAAGACGUAGAGUACAGUAAGGAUCGGAGGUUACUCUUUUUUUACUCGACACUGUCUUAUGUGCGUGUAGAUUUAAGUUGUUCAUGUAUUUUACACUUUGUGAGAGUCAAUAUGAAUGUGUGCAUGCGUGCGUGUGUGUGUAUGUGUGUGUCCAGAGAGUUAAGGAGGCAGAUUUCUGUGUUACUAAUUCAGAAAAUGUUAGUCUAUGUAUAGAAUAAGUUCUAAAUCAUUUUCUGUGAUGGGCGUCAGAGAAAAAAAGGUUUGUCAGGUAUUGGUCAAAUGUUCUAAAUCUGUGUUUGUUUGCCAAGAUACAUUUUAAUUAGAGUAUCUGUCUAAAUUGGUCUUUACAAAUAUGUUGUUACAUGACAAACAGACUUUAACCUGUUCCUCUGAACCUUAAAUGCCCAGUGCUGUCAAAUAUGUGAUUUUCCUGUGUUUUAUAUACACUGGGUGUACAAAACAUUAGGAACACCUUCCUAAUAUUGAGUUGCACCCACUUUUUCCCUCAGAACAUUCUCGAUUCGUCGGGGCAUGGACUCUACAAGGUGUCGAAAGCAUUCCACAGAGAUGCUGGCCAAUGUUGACUGCAAUGCUUCCCACAGUUGUGGCAAGUUGGCUGGAUGUCCUUUGGGAGGUGGACCAUUCUUGAUACACACGAGAAACUGUUGAGCGUGAAAAACCCAGCAGCGUUGCAGUUUUUGACUCAAACCGGUGCGCCUGGCACCUACUACCAUACCCCGUUCAAAGGCACUUGUAUCUUUUGUCUUGCCCAUUCACCCUCUGAAUGGCACACAUACACAAUCCAUGUCUCAAUUGUCUCAAGGCUUAAAAAUCCUUCUUUAACCUGUCUCCUCCCCUUCAUCUACACUGAUUGAAGUGGAAUUAACAAGUGACAUCAAAAAGGGAUCAUAGCUUUCGCCUGGAUUCACCUGGUCAGUCUAUGUCAUGUUCAUAAUGUUUUGUACACUCAGUGUAUAUUUCCACACUAUAAGGUUGGAAUAACACUGUGACAUUUUGGUGGGAUGGAGUUUUGGCCUUCCAUGGUGACAUCACCAAGCAGUAAAUUAGAUAAUAGACCAAUAAGAAAUAGAGUUCAAACCUCUCUGCCAAUAACAGCUAGUUUUCAGUUUUCCCCUCCCCACUCAGACCACUCCCAGACAUUCCUAGUAAAAUACUUGCUUGAGAAAGUAAGGUACUUAAUUGUUACCCAGAAAUGAUUUGAUACUGAGAUAAAAAACAGCUGCAUUGGACCUUUAAAACAAUCUUGGUUGGUUUGAUAAUGAACUUUUCUUUGGAAUGGCAAAAAAGAGAGAGAAGAGAGAGGGAGCACUGUAUGCUUAUCAAUGAUUCAGGAAGGCAGGUAUCAGUUUUCUCUGGGUUUGGAAGAGUGCUGGAUGAUCAAUACAUCUCUCUCAAGGUCAGAAGUAUCUCUGAUAGGACUCGACAGACUAUGCUCACGCUGCGUGUUCUCCUCCUCCUGCAGAGCACACUUAGGCCCCGUUCCAUUCCUGCCUUCAUGGACCUCCCUCGCUCCCUGCACUACCUUUGUGGGGAUCUGUACAGAACAGGGCCCAUGGUUCCAUAGGUCUCCAGAGGACCACAGGCACAUAUAGUGGAGGUGGUUCAGUGAACUACACAGGCACUACGGCGAUGAGUAACCUUGCCAUAGACCGGAAGACUUGUGCUCCCAGAGCUGAUGUAGGCUUUAGCUCAAUGGGCUAUCCGUAUGGAAGUACGCAGAUUACCUAGGUUCAAUGCCUGGGAGGACACAAGCAUGAUGCAGGGACACACACACAAACACACACACACUCUUCCCUCUGAGUGCUUGAGACAUGUGUGGAAUGCUUUUGUGACAGCCUGUGGGAGUUUGACGUCACUCGUCUCUCCUUGGUCAAUCACAGAUAAAGUGCCCACUUGAGGGGUCAGAGGUCAAUGUGUGUGUGAGAGAUGUGCCGACUGGACAGACAACAGCAGAUCUCUUCCCUCUCCCAUAGCGACAGGAAAUGUAUUGUUGUCGCUGAGUGUGUUAGAGUAUUAACUCAUGGCCUAGUCACAACCUUCUCUUCCUUUUCCUAGAGCAAUUUGUCCUGCUCAGGCCACAUGGGAAGGAUAAACUCCUGGCUCUAUGACAUGCUGGGGCCAUAUUUGCGAACAUUAGAAAAGGUUUACGUUUAACCUGGACCUCCGUCUCAAAAUGCGCAUCAGCCAAUUUAAAUUGACGUAGUUUGGCGUGAUCCAACGCUAUAUGUCAACUUUUCCCAUAAGAUAACCUGGCAGACUUAGCCCUGUGAUUGUAUCCGGUUUAAAUUCCGUAUCAGCCAAUUAAAAUCACAGACGUAGUUGGACGUGAUCCAACACUUGUUUAUGAAAGCACACAUAACAGAAGUCCAACGGUACGUUCGGGUACUAGAUCACAUGUUUAACUGACUGGUCAUAUACACGUGAGUGUACAAAACAGCUGUUCUUAAUGUUUUGUACACUCACCGCCUAGAUCCUCGUAUUUGUCGCAGAUUGUGGCAAGGGUUCAAAUCCCACAUUAGUUUUUUCCCCCUUUGAAAUGUAGAAUUACAUUUAUUGUAUUAGUGUGUUGAGAAGAAAAUAAUACAUUUAAUGAGGAGCUUCUUGUUGGAGUCCUUCUUGCAGACUGACACGGAGGCUACUGGCACUGCUAUAUAAAUAAUUGUCGCUACUAUAGGCUAUAUUAAAUAGACGUGUAGGCUACACUUACAUUUAUAUGUAUUAUUAUAAUCAUCCACUUAGUCACAUAUGUGUUAUUUUAAUCAAGCAUCGAGGACCAGCAGUGAACAGUGUUUUCCUUAACGAAAAUGCUUAAUGCGAGGGGGGCUCGAACCCACAGUUAAUGUGCACUGUCUUUUUAAAGUCAACUGCUUUAGCAGUGUGUGUUACCAGGAAGCAAUGAUAAAGAUGGUACAGUGGGGAAAAAAAGUAUUUAGUCAGCCACCAAUUGUGCAAGUUCUCCCACUUAAAAAGAUGAGAGAGGCCUGUAAUUUUCAUCAUAGGUACACGUCAACUAUGACAGACAAAAUGAGGAAAAGAAAUCCAGAAAAUCAAAUUGUAGGAUUUUUAAUGAAUUUAUUUGCAAAUUAUGGUGGAAAAUAAGUAUUUGGUCAAUAACAAAAGUUUCUCAAUACUUUGUUAUAUACCCUUUGUUGGCAAUUACACAGGUUUUCACACACUGUUGCUGGUAUUUUGCAGAUCUCCUCUAGAGCAGUGAUGUUUUGGGGCUGUCGCUGGGCAACACAGACUUUCAACUCCCUCCAAAGAUGUUCUAUGGGGUUGAGAUCUGGAGACUGGCUAGGCCACUCCAGGACCUUGAAAUGCUUCUUACGAAGCCACUCCUUCAUUGCCCGGGCGGUGUGUUUGGGAUCAUUGUCAUGCUGAAAGACCCAGCCACGUUUCAUCUUCAAUGCCCUUGCUGAUGGAAGGAGGUUUUCACUAAAAAUCUCACGAUACAUGGCCCCAUUCAUUCUUUCCUUUACACGGAUCAGUCAUCCUGGUCCCUUUGCAGAAAAACAGCCCCAAAGCAUGAUGUUUCCACCCCCAUGCUUCACAGUAGGUAUGGUGUUCUUUGGAUGCAACUCAGCAUUCUUUGUCCUCCAAACACGACGAGUUCAGUUUUUACCAAAAAGUUCUAUUUUGGUUUCAUCUGACCAUAUGACAUUCUCCCAAUCCUCUUCUGGAUCAUCCAAAUGCACUCUAGUAAACUUCAGACGGGCCUGGACAUGUACUGGCUUAAGCAGGGGGACACGUCUGGCACUGCAGGAUUUGAGUCCCUGGCGGCGUAGUGUGUUACUGAUGGUAGGCUUUGUUACUUUGGUCCCAGCUCUCUGCAGGUCAUUCACUAGGACCCCCCGUGUGGUUCUGGGAUUUUUGCUCACCGUUCUUGUGAUCAUUUUGACCCCACGGGGUGAGAUCUUGCGUGGAGCCCCAGAUCAAGGGAGAUUAUCAGUGGUCUUGUAUGUCUUCCAUUUCCUAAUAAUUGCUCCCACAGUUGAUUUCUUCAAACCAAGCUGCUUACCUAUUGCAGAUUCAGUCUUCCCAGCCUGGUGCAGGUCUACAAUUUUGUUUCUGGUGUCCUUUGACAGCUCUUUGGUCUUGGCCAUAGUGGAGUUUGGAGUGUGACUGUUUGAGGUUGUGGACAGGUGUCUUUUAUACUGAUAACAAGUUCAAACAGGUGCCAUUAAAUCAGGUAACGAGUGGAGGACAGAGGAGCCUCUUAAAGAAGAAGUUACAGGUCUGUGAGAGCCAGAAAUCUUGCUUGUUUGUAGGUGACCAAAUACUUAUUUUCCACCAUAAUUUGCAAAUAAAUUCAUUAAAAAUCCUACAAUGUGAUUUUCUGGAUUUUUUUUCUCAAUUUGUCUGUCAUAGUUGACGUGUACCUAUGAUGAAAAUUACAGGCCUCUCUCAUCUUUUUAAGUGGGAGAACUUGCACAAUUGGUGGCUGACUAAAUACUUUUUUCCCCCACUGUACAUGACAGCUAUUUGACAAGUCCAUAAGGCUUUUUGACGUAAAAAAUAAAUAAUAUUAUGAUGUACGACAAACUUAAUGUUGUAUAGACCUCCUUUAUCUUUUUUUCCGUAAAGGCACAUGGAUGUGUGUGAAACGGAUGAGCAAAAACAUGGGAUUUUGUCAUAUAUGCAAAAACGUGCCUUUUUGAAUUUUGUCUAAGGUUAGUAGCUAGUAGCCUAGUCAAGGAUGCAUCAUCAUGCAAUAUUGUCACUCUACACUGGAGACAGAACAAGUGGAACAAAAGUAAACCUUGAAUUUGGAGGUUUAAAAUAUCCAUCUGGUGGCCAAGUUGAGGCCAAGUUGACCUAUUCUAAGAAAUGCCAUUGGUUGGUGGAUAUAAAGUCUAAGAUCUUUGAUAGGCUGAUGCGGAAUUUGUUACAGGAAAUAAUAAUGGUCAGCUGGUGAGGUUAGCAUAGGGCUAACGUGUGCCAGGUUAUCUGAUGGGACCAGCUACAAUGUAGCAUUCUAUCACGUGCAACUAUGUCAACGAUUAUAAUUGGCUGAUGCGCAGGUUAAAUACAUUUUAAAAAUCGAAUGUUCGCAAGUAUGGACCCCAUCAGUUUUACUUGGGCUCAUCUAGGGCUGUGGCGGUCACGAAAUUUCGUCAGCCGGUGAUUGUCAAGCAAAUAACUGUCGGUCUCACGGUAAUUGACUGUUAAUUAACAUAAACACAUUUAGCAUCUCCUGGCUUCCACACAUAGCCUACAAGCCACUGAUGUAGUCCUUUGGAACAUCUACAUUUUAAAAAGUCACAUAAAUCCAUGUAAUAUAGCCUACACCUUCUCAAUAAAUCCAUUAUUUAUUUUAGACAGGUCUAAAGAAGCAUGAUAUGAAGAAAAUGUAGUCUAUUUCAGAAGAAAAGAAUAGCAUACAUAUGUUAGGUCCUGAUGUGCUUAAUAUUAGGAAAGUAGAGAAAUAAAUAUAGUAGGCCUAGUCUAUAGAAAGCUGAUGGGAUCCUCCUCUUUUUAGUAGAGGCCAUCACUCUGUUUUCUCCCUCAAUUGCAUAGCCUAUAGAAAUGUUGCGCAACAUGAGCUUAUGGGCUCUCAUGAAGUGUUUGAUUAGAUAUUCGAUUACAUUUGCAUUGAUGUCAGAGUGAUUAGAGGGACAAUAGAGUGCUGAGUACCAGGCAGUUAGCAAGUUUGGUAGGCUACUAAUGACCAUCAGCAGCAUCAGAGCUUGGAGAAGCCUAAUUACCGUGACUAAACGGUCACGUGGAAUUUGACUGCCUUCAUGACUCCUGACCGCCGGUGUGGCGGUAAUACGGUCACCGCAACAGCUCUAGGCUCACCCCUAUUGCUGCCCCUUUGCAUCAAUGCUUUUAUUUUGGACCUUGAUCAUUUUCAGCAAUGUAAAUGUCCUGUAAUUCAGUCCAUGUUAAUUAGUUAGUAUUUAUGGAGCAGCUGUGUGUCAUGCUGCUCUGAGGUACUCCUCUGUCCACGUCUCUGUGCAGUCACAGCUCUAUACAGCGCACUGGGCUGUGCUAUUGGGAACUGCACUACAGUAGAUAAAGCUUAAUUUAUCGACUGAUCUCAGGCCUGUCUGUCUGAAGCAGAUGCCUCUCAGGCCUAUUGAGUCUUGGGCCUUCACAUCACACUGUUUCGCUAAGGUCAGCAGCUCUGUUCAGGCGCUCAGUCACAGUGUGUGUGCGUGUGUGUGUGUGUGUGGUGUUCUAGUACUGAGUGUUCCCUAGUGGGGAGAAAUCAGCUGCAGUUAGUUGCGUUCAGUGAAGGGACUAUUGAAUACUAAGUAGUAAUUAGUGUAAACUGGGACAGAUGUCUACCAAUUGACUGAAAUACUAAUUUGUGUUGAUGAGUAUCAAAGUAUUCAGUGUUGUUGAGUUGUGUUGAUCAGGAUCCGGUGUUUCUGAGUUGUGUGUAGUAGUGUUGAGUUCUAUUGGAUGUUAUUGAGUUGCAUCGAGCAGUGUUGAGUGGCAUUGAGUAGUUUUCAGGAGGACUGCAAUAUGACAUAGAAGGGGGACGGCCCCAGUAGCCCACUGCAUGCUGUUGCCAUGGAUACGCAUGUCAUCACCAACGUUGCUCCAAAUAUGAAUCAUUAUUGCUGGCCAAGCUUAAAGAGUGACUCACCAUCACACACGCUCACACACACACACGAUUAGUGGAGAUGGAUACAGGUGUGAUGAGUUGGCAAGGAAGGACCGUGGCCAGAGAGUGAUGUUCAGAAGAUUUUGAUGGGACUGCCGUGAGCCAUUAGGACACCUAGGUUGUGUAACAUGUUUGUGUGAGUGUGCAGCAGACAGUUGAUGGUUUCGACACAAGGAACAAAAAACAUUCCAAUCCCUUCUUACUGUUCCAGAUGGCAAUGAGGGGAUUGUUUUUGGCUGUCUCCUUGCCCUCUACUCCUCCACUCCC